UACGGGCUAGUGCCUCUAGAAGUAGAACACCACAGUCGUUCAAAAUGAUCCACAAGCUGGUUCUCGUAGCAGCACUUGUGUGCUUAGUCGCCGCUGACGUCAGUGAAGUUCUGCGCCGUUCGCAUGGCCGAGUUGCCGUUAUACCGGCUCGCUAUGGCACCCAACUGAAAACCAACGGCCACAAGCUGAAGACCCGGCAAACCGAGUCGGAAGAAGCCCAUCAGUUCGAUACCAUUUUCAUUGAGGAUCCAGUGAACCAUGACUUCCAAGCGUUCGAUGUCGAGGAAUCGGAUGAACCGGCUAAGUUCCAGCUUCACCAGUCCCACCCCGAUUACAAGGGACCAUACCACUACGAGAAGCCAAAACUGAACAAUGGCUACCUGGCACCGAUCGUCACCACCUACAGACCUAAUGAUGACUACCUGGCACCGAUCAUUACCACCCACAGGCCACUGAGUGACCAACUGGCACCGAUCAUUACCACCCACAAGCCCUCAUUUGAUGACUACCUGCCACCGCAUGGUCCACGGGAUGAUUUCGCAGAGAAUGUUGCUAAGCGCAGCAUCAAGCUGAGACGUCGUGUAUAAAGGAUGCUAUGGACACCGCAUGCGGUAGAGGAAUUGAGGGAGGGUUCUAUGUUUCGUAAUGCAAUAAAUGCAAUUUGA